AUGUAUGUCUUCAAAGUUGAACCUAUUAAUGGGAGGUUAUUGUGGGAAAAAAGCACAUGUCCUACCAAGUUGAUACCACCAAAGUAUCGUGUCCCUAUUGGCAGACCAAAAAAAAAGAGAAGAAGAUCUGCAACAGAAGAUGAUGGAGUGUCCACAAAAUGGAAAUCUGUAACAUGCACAAAAUGUGGAAAUGUGGGCCAUAAUGGAAGGACCUGCAAGGGACAAUCACAUACUGGGAAUGGAACAGGAGAAGGUGCAGCAGGGAAUACAACAGGAGAAGGUGCAGCAGGUAGCAGUGGUGGUGUACAAAAUGGAGUUGGGAACAAAGGAAAAAGCCCCAUGCUUUGA